AUCAAUUCUUUUGGUUUUUUCCCGUUCAAAAUUUCUAACCACCAAAAAAUUAUUACAUAAAAAAAAUAAAAAUCCCGAUUUUUUCCCUCACUGCCCUAUUUCGUCUUUUCCUGUCCUCCUUCUUCUUUGUCUUUUUCCUUCCCCCAUUAUUUAGUUGUUUUUUUCUCUAAAAAACACUUUCAGGGCGAGGGUUUUUGUUUUCAAAGGCCAAUGGAGGACUCCUCUUCUCAGUCCUUUGAUCAUGAUCAAACGCCUUCUGGCGCUUCCAAAUUCCUCUCCAACCUUCCCUCUCGUGGCCACCUCUCGUCCACUGUCAUCUCCUGCAAUCUGGGGGGGAUGAGAGUUUAUAUUUGUGAGCACAACACUUCUCCUCCAGAGAGCCAGCACAUAAAGACAAACCAACAAAACAUACUUAUUAGGUCACUCAUGCUUAAUAACAAUAGGGGUGAUUCCAGUUCGAAGGAUGUGAAAGCUGCAGCUGAGGGCCCUAGAAAGAGGGCUGCUGAAAGAGUCAUGGAUUGCAGGGCUGCAUCAAAGAAAGCCAAUACGCAAAGUAGUUCUCGACCAGAGGGAUCAAGCAGCCGUGCAGCUGAGAAGGACUACCAUAGUUUGACUGUGGAGAGGCUUCGCGCCCUUCUUAAGGAAAGAGGACUUUCACCCAGAGGAAAGAAGGAUGAGCUGAUUGCACGCUUGAACUGCGUAAAUGGUUGAGCUCAGAAGUUGGGACUGACGUUUCAGCUCUUUCAAUGCAUUCUCAGGCAGAGAGGGAACAGAGGUAGGCGAUCAUGUUGUUUUUGGUGUAACUUAGAAGGGUGGCCCAGAAAAGGCUAGAGUUUACUUAGGAUAGCGUUUCAUAAAAACAAUAAGAAUGAAUCAGAGACGAGGGAUUUACAAAGGGAGCAAUCGGGGCUCAACUGAAGUUUUCAAACUCUUUUUUGGUAAUAUUUGUGUAAUUACUUAAAGUUAAUUACUUAAACAUGGUUUUAAUUUUGCUUUUAUUGAAAUUUUAGUUGCUAUCUUCCUUGAAAUUGCUUAGUGAUGAUCGGUAAUUAUUUUAACAAAAUGU